UUGAGGAGAAUGGGAAAGGUAUCAAGUAUUCCUUGUUGAAUCUGCUGAUAGACUACUGAGGAUCUGAAUCCAGGAACAGACAGAAGGCAAAGGACAGAUCAUGACACAAAUAUCACCAGGGCCUGGCUCCUGACCCCAUACAAACUCUUCCCUCUACAAGGUAGGGGACUUGAUCUGAAGGUUCUUCUACAUCUGCUUUUCUGAGAGUGAUGAUUCGUUGAGGCUGUGAAGAUAGGCAGAUGGCAGAACCAAUGGGGCAGCUAGCUGGGAGAUUCUAAGGAGUGGAGCAGUUGGGGAGGAAGGAGAGGUUUCAACCCUUUGAGCGCCAGGUUUUACAUGGGAAAGGACAGAAGAGACAGGGCUUCAGAGCUGUGGCAGCAGAAGCAGGAACAAACCUCCUGGACAGACAGACUCCACUCCUCCAGUUGCCUGCGAGUUUAGUCCCUACUCAACACACGUUACUGGAGAUUUGAUGCUUUAAUUUGAGUUGACUGGGAUUUGGCUACUAAGUUGUCUCUGAAGGAAGAAAAGCGAAGAUAUGUGGGCCUGGACACCAACUGCUUUAUUUCCCGCAAGAGUUGGCAGGUGCCGUGGAGAGUUCUCCUGGUCUCGGAUUCCGUGAUCUGUUGAGGGUCUGAAGAGAUGGCUGCAGCAGCAGUAGCUGGACUGAUCCCUGUGCUACACUCGGUGGCUGGUGACAAAUCCAGCUACUACAUUGGGCGGCAGCUGUGGUUUGGCUUCAUUGCGGUUUAUGGAGUGGUGGUAUACGUGGUGCGCAUGCCGUGGGCCUCCAUCCAUGAAGAUUUCUGGUGCCACGGCAACAUCACCAAUCCUUGUUUGAUUGAGUGUUUUGAAAAACGUUUUAGAAGUCCUGUAGUGGGAAUUUGGUACUUCUUUUUCUUUAUUUUUUUGGCCCUUUUCUUCCUCAUGGAAUUCUUCUUGGCUCAGAUUCGGCACAAACAGAUCAAAGUCAAAUUAGUGGAGUCCGUGGCAAGUGAAAUGGAGGAAGGCUCCAUGGUGGGGAUCCAGGAACAUGUCCCUUCCCCGAAGAAGUCCAUCCUGAACUUCCACCAGGAGAAGAUGCUUUUGCUUUUGUACCUUCUUUACUUCCUCCUGCAGGUUGGUGCACAGUGUGUGUUUUCUUUCCUUCUCAUGUUCCAACACCUGCCCUUGGUGAGUCAAGCCAUCAUUCACUGCAGCACUGACAGCUGCCCCGGGCCCUAUUUCUGCCUGAUCAGGGGUACUAUGGAGAAGCGAAUGUCCAUCUACACCCUCGUCACCUUGUCCUUCAUGAUCAUCCUCUUCUGCUCAGGUUUCUUCAUAUACAGCAUCCAUCAUUACCUGUUAAAAGGCAUUGCCAGUGCAAAGUUUUGGCUUGACUAAUUUUGGAAGGUUUUAUUGUGAGUCUUUCCUCCCUUGCACUAGGAACUUCGUAUUCCUUUAAAUAUUGUGUCUGGGGCAGGGCUUCCUCCUGCUAACUUUCUUUGCUUUAGUCCUUCAUGAAAUAAACCUUGGAUGUUCUGUUUCCUUCUUCUACAACCAGGCUCAGAUUGUCUAACUGUGGAGUGGGUGGUACACAACUUGAUAGCAUUUCAGAGUUUUCUCAAAUGUGUUAUCUAAUCUUUUCCUCCCCAGAAGCCUUUGGCAUUGAGCUUGCUACUUCAUUCUUCCAGUGUCUUCAAAUCAGGAAGAAUUGUCAUCGUCUAGGAGCUGAGAGUUUUAAAGAUUCAGGGGUGACUGGUUCACUUGUACUCUGGCCUCCCCAGUUUAGGUUGUAAAUACAGAGAAGGUAGUUCUUCUCCACAGGAAAAUUCUCAGCUGGAAUGGCAGAGCAGGUUCCCCAAGCUCCUAGAUGUGGGCCCAGUCUUACCACCUCACUGAGUCUCCAGUGAGGACUGAAUAUAUCUGGAUGAAUCCCCCUGGCGAAAGGAUGAGAGAGUGUGGCUAGGGUAGGAAUGAGGUUUUGUGGAAGCAGUGCACUGGGUUUCUCUGUGCCCAGAAUCUUGCCUUACUCCAAGACCUGAUCUAUCUUGAGUUAUGUUGAAACCCAGCUCAAGCCUACACAUAGGUGACUUACUAACCGUAAUUUGGGCUCCCUGCUGAGUCCUGUUGUCUGCAAACACAAGGUGGUUUGACCAGCUAUGGCUAAAGCUCUUCACAUCUGGAGGGAGGCAAAGAUAGGGAUCAGAGUGAGUCUGUUAUAGAGAACGUAUGGCUGAUUACCUCAUCCUGUGCUAGGCAGUCAUCCCUAGAAGUAAUUUGAAUGACCUGAGGCUUGGGCUCCCUCCAGGUGCUUGGUGUACGAUGUAGAACAGGGGGCAGUGCCAAGAGCCCCACCUUUUUGGGUACAGUCUGUCUUAUCCAAGCAAGCAUGAUGUUCCCAAAUAAUUUAGUUGGAUGUAGUUGGAAUUUUCCUGAGGCUGACCAUGGUGGCCCCCAAAGAUUUUCUGCCUCCUGGCAUCCAUGUCUUUGUAUAAUCCCUCCUUUAUGAAUGCAGGUAGAAACUGUGACUUCCUUCUAAUAAAAAGAUGUUACUCCUGGGAUUAUGUCAUAUUAUAUAUUAUCCCAUUUUAGCAGGUUAGAACAAGACUUUCCCUUGUUGGCUUUGAAGAGGCAUGCAUGGCAGGGAAUUGCAGGCAAUCUCUUAGAGCUGAGAGUGGCCCCCAGCUGACUGCCAACAGAAAAUGGGGUCUUCAGUCAUACAACUGCAAAGAAAUUAAAUUCUGUCCACAACUUGAAUGAAGUGUAUUCCUCCCCAGUCAAGCUGCCAGAUGAGAAUGUAGCCCAGCUUACCUUUAGACUGAGCUUUGGGAAACCAUGAGCAGAGGGCCCAUGCCUGGGCUUCUAACCCACAGAAACUGUGAGAUAAUAUGUGCAAAUUGCUUUAAGCUGCUAAGU